AUGAAAGCUAGUCUUGGAAAUCUAAGAGGCAACAUGUGUUUGGCAAAACGACUGCCUUUAAUUCGGGUAAGAUACUUUACCAACGCUGCUACCUCUACGGAUUUGCAAAGAGUGUUUGAUGACAAAGCUUACUUUAAAAAAUUCAACGGUAUUUCCUCAAAACCUUUCCUAGGGAAAAAAACUGGUUUAUUCAAGAACAACUACUUGAAGGAUCCACAGGGACUUUUACAGUUUUCCAAAAAUUCAAAAAAAGAGGCUCAAAAUUUGGUUUUGGAAAUGACGACAAAUAUUAAUACUCGCGAUGGCAAGUUGGAGUAUGUAAAAAAAUUAGAUCAGUUGUCGGACAUCUUGUGUCGAACAAUUGAUGUCGCUGAAUUCAUUAGAGUUGUACAUGAGGAUGAUGAAUGGGUACAAGCUGCUCAAAAAACUCAUGAGAUAAUCUUUGAGUACAUGAACCAGCUCAACACCAAUGUGGAUCUAUAUAAAAACUUGGUUAAUGUGUUGCAAGACCCGGAGAUAACCUCGCAAUUAACAACUGAAGAGAUAAAAGUAGGCGAAUACCUAAAACAAGAUUUUGAAAGAUCUGGAAUACACAUGGAUGUUAAAACCAGAGCUGAUUUUGUUUCAUUAACGCAAGAAAUAUCUCUCUUGGGGUCGCAAUUCAGUAUUGGAACACACGAUUUAGAAUCGCCUUGGUUUCCAAUAACGCAAGCGGAUUUCAAGCUCAUUGAUGACGCACAACUCAGACGAGCAAUCCGGCAUAUGAACGAGAAAUACCCAGGGAAAAGGGAGAUGGAGAUGGAGGAAGAAGAACAAUCUGGCCAUUACUUUAUACCUAUGGAGUCGUAUAUCCCUUAUCAAAUAUUGGCAAUUUGUAAAUCGAGUCAGUUGAGGAAAAAAAUAUGGAUAGCUUUACACAAUGCACCUAAGAACCAAAUUCAAACGUUGAAUAAAGUCAUUUCAUUGAGAGCCAUGCUUGCGAAAAUGUUGGGAUAUAAAUCAUUUGCACAUUACCAAUUGGAACAUAAGAUGGCAAAGACUCCGGAAAACGUAUUAACAUUUUUAGAAAAGUUGCAGCCGCCUUUAAAACAUACUCAAGUAUUUGAAGAACUUAAAGCUUUGAGAGCAACCAGCAAACUAUUCCAGAAUGUUGCAGACCAAGACUUGUUUACCAGUAUUAAACCAUGGGAUCGUGAUUUUUUAGCAAAUAAAUUGCAAAAUUCUUGUUCUUCUUCUUCACGCCAAGGGGAGAAGAAUUUUAUCAAUUCUGUGAAGUUACCCGACUAUUUUUCGGUGGGCACUGUUAUUUCAGGUUUAAGUGAACUAUUCACCAGUUUGUAUAAUAUUUCCCUUGUCCCCGAACCAACAUUAUCGGGAGAAGUAUGGGAUGAAGAUCAAGUUCGGAAAUUGAAAGUUGUCGACAUUGCAAAUAGCAAAACUCUUGGAUUUUUAUAUCUUGAUUUCUGGUCAAAAAAAGUAUUACCAUCUCAUUUUACAAUUGUAUGCCUGAGAAGAUUAAACAAGACAGAAUCCAGAGAUAGUCACGGGCAACUUGUGCAGUUGGAUCAAGACUACCAACUCCCUGUUAUUUCAUUAGUCUGCAACUUCAAUGUCUCAUCUGGAGACGAUAACUUGAACGAGCCUACGCUUUUAAGCUUGAAUCAAGUCGACACCAUAUUUCAUGAAAUGGGGCAUGCCAUGCAUUCCAUGAUAGGUCGCACUGAGUUACAUAACUUGUCAGGGACAAGAUGUGCAACAGACUUUGUUGAGAUACCAUCGGUAUUAAUGGAGGGCUUUAGCAAAGAUAUUCGUGUGUUGUCGCAAAUUGGAAGACACUAUCAAACCAAUGAGCCAAUUCCCAAACAUUUACUACUAGAUGAACAAAAGCAUAGAAACACACUCCAAGCUUGUGAAACGUUUAUGCAGAGCAAGAUGGCAACUCUCGACCAAGCCUUACAUAGCAGUGAUAUUGUUGACAGAUUAUACCGAGGUUUAGAACUAGUCGACUCGACAGAGAUUUACCAUUUAGUUGAACUGAAAUUGGGUGUGUUUGCAGAUAAGUGGUCAACCUGGCAUGGGAAACUUCCGCAUCUAUUUUCAUAUGGUGCAGUGUACUACUCAUACAUGUUGGAUAGAGCAAUUGCAGACAUGUUAUGGCAUAAACUAUUUGAAGCAGAUCCAUGGAGCAGAGAUGCAGGAGAGAAAUAUAAAGAAAGCAUUUUGAAAUGGGGGGGAACAAAGGAUCCAUGGCAAUGUCUAGCUGAUGCUGUGGGGAACGACGGAUUACGAGAGGGGGACUCUCAUGCAAUGCAAUUGAUUGGGGAAAACGCACACUUGUAA